AGGGAAGAUACAUCACAACCACAUAAGGUAAUUUCAAUUUUUCUCAAUUCCGAUUGUUAACAAUACAACAGGGAGGAAUAGGAAGAGAAAUUACUGUAGUUUCAGGGCUCAAUUGAAAAAUACAUGAAUAGCUCAUUUGGACUCACCUGGUUAAUUAAAGGAUGACUAAUAACAAAGAACAUAUAGGGUACUUACAUGUACGUAGUUAUCACAUAACUCCAUUCACUAUAAAUGUACCUUUGCUUUUCUUCAUUUUGUGAUUAAAUCUUUUACAUUUAUAUUUCCUACCGGGAUUAAUUAUAUUUGUCAAAUUCUCUUCACAAUGACAAAAAAUUUAACAAUUUGAAUGCAAAGCUAUAAACUUUAUAUUAACGUUAAAAUAUUUAACAUUUCACCUGUCAGAUUGGCCUUGCAAAAGCAAUUCAGAGAGAGAUCCUGAUAUCUGGGUUUCCCCCUCCUCUGGUUUGAAGACAAUGUGGCGGGCCCUCCUGUAUCAGCUUGCUCUGAUUCCUCUCAUCCAGGCUCAGAAUGACUACUGCAGCACACACCCUACAUUCAGAGAGCCAGGUCAGUGGAGCUGCAGCCCAAAUUCCAAUUCCUCCCCACCUGUCUCACACCUUUCCUUUCCUGUCCCCCUCCCACUUUCUCACCUUUCCUUCUUUGCAACCUAAUAAGAGUCAGUUGGGGCCACCCAACAGUUUGAGGGGACUUGGUUUUUUGAGUGAGGUCUAUAUGUGGGCAAUGGGAAAUAGAUCAAGGCCACAUCUGAUGUCAUGCAUCUUUGCAGUGUAUGAAAGAUGUGCUGCAUGAUCGCAGGUGUCAGGUAAACAUGUUUACGUAGUUUAAAGGCAGUGAAAAUUUGGUAAUGCACACUCAUGAGAUACUGGGAAGACAAAUGUACUGUAGAAAUGUUAAAUAUUGUACCCAAAUGCCCCUUUGGAUAUGCUUGCCUUUCUUGUAGUAAACAGAGUGCCUAUACCUACUGUAGGAGUUAAGUGGGCAGAACAGUAGUGGAUGGUAGCCAUGAUCUGAAACCAGCAGCCCUCCCAGUUGCCAGGUCAAUUACAACGUUUUGAUCUACAAGUGAAGGGAUAAGUCGGAUGUAGGGGUUGCAUUGGAUUUGGGAAAAUAUGCAGCUCGUCAAAAAGUCAAUAAAUUCUUGGUAGACUAACGUGUGACCUGUUGUCCCCUCAGCCAACAUUGACAUCGACAUCUACUGUGGUAGUGUGUGACCUGUUGUCCCCUUAGCCAACACUGACAUUGACGUCUACUGUGGUAAUGUAUGACCUGUUGUUCCCCCAGCCAACACUGACAUUAACGUCUACUGUGGCACGAAAAGCAUGGAGCUCCAUAUCUUACUAUGUCCCGUCUACUUCGGUGGAUACAAUGAAACACUGAUGUCCCUCAACGCUCAGUACUUCAAGGGAGAGUGCCGGGGGACACCCGAUUGGACUGUCAACCCGCCCGUUCUGAAAUACAACUUCUCCAUCACAGAGGAGGCGGUGUCCGCCUGCAACAACAAAAUGAAGGUAAUUGUAGUUUGUUCUAGUAAUUAUAUUUAUAUGGUAUCAUACUGACCGUAGAGGAGACAUUUGGUGGUUGACACGAGAAGAUGUUGCUUCAACUCUGGGUAGAUGGAUUUGACCCUGAACCUAGUAACAUGUGACCCCUUAGACGGAAUCUCUCUCUUUCUCUCUCUCUCUCUCUCUCUCUCUCUCUCUCUCUCUCUCUCUCUCUCACUCUUACUCUCUCACUCUCACACAGAUCACUCAGGAGGUGGGUUCUGGACUCUUUGCGGACUUCUCCAGCAUUCAGUUUGUCAACAUCUCGGGCAUGAUCAACUCUCUGGACCCCAGCGCGGGAACCAUCACCUACCGCCAGGAAAUGAUUUACAAAUUCUCCUGCCGCUAUCCACUCCAGUAUUUGGUCAACAACACUGAGAUGAGCGUGUGAGUAACCCCGGCCACCUUUUCUCUUAGGUUCACUCAUGAUAACCAAUUCAUCUGAACUCAAUCAAUUCAGGGAAGGACUUCCUCAAUAGUAAAACUCUCAAUGGAAAGUUAUAAAAUGGAGGCAGAUUCAUGCCAAAACAAAUACAAAUAACAAGAUUGCAAUAACAUUGAUAUUGGAGUAUUGUUUUAUGCGAACUGGAACUGAACCAAGUUGAAAUAAAAACAACCUCAAACCUGACAAUAGCAGUGACGUGGUGUUUGCAAGUAUGGAGUUAUCAUAGUUGGUUAUGGCGGGUGGGCUAAUGCUCCUGAGUUUUAUAUUACAACUGUUUCAGGUUUCAGCCUGGGUUGAAUCAUACGAUGUAUCAUAUGUUGACCUGGAUGGUGAUACGCUGCAGUUUUUCUCAUGACAAUUGAUAGUAGCUAACAGACAGACAAUUUGUUUUUUACAAACAGGUCUGGGGUGAGCCUAGCAGUCAAAGACAGCAAUGGGAGUUUCAUCAGUACCCUGAGUAUGACGCUCUACUCGGUAAUGAUGUGUUUCUAUGAUACAUUUUCUAUGACAGAGGAGAAGGAAGUGAGAUGUAAUCACUAAUUGUAGAUAAGAAUAUUUAGUGUACACAUGGAGAAAAAAAAAUGUGUUAGCACAACUAUAGCAGUUUCCAAAUAGAUCUGGAGGGAAUAACACACAAAAAAUGUUUGUAUUAUUUUUACGUUCUGAUUUCCUCCAGUAUUUCUGGAAUGAAUGUUCAUCAUUUCAUUAAACUAUAUUGAAAGGACCAAUGUGCUUGUGAAUGCUUGAAUGAUCCCAAAUGACAGUCUUCCCCCUCUUGUUCCGAUUGGCUCCAAGGACAGGUUCUACACAACCCAGCUCAAGGUCCCUGAGGGAGGCUUGACAUUGAAGACACGCAUCUUUGUGGAGGUCAAGGCCACAAAUCUCACUGGAAGGUACGAGUACAGCAGCAAAAUCUGGAUUUAAGAAAACAUGGAGUUUUAAGCAAUAAGGCCGUGCUAUAUUGUGAAUAUAGUCACAGUUAAAGGGUGUUGUUCGGGCCAACGCGGAGCGGCUAACGCAUCUCGUCCAAUCAGAUUACGUGGCCGGAACUAUCUGUUUCACGAAAGUGAAAAAACAUACUGGUAGUCAUUUACUGAUUCUAGUAGACUAUAGUGUGAUGGGGUAUUUCUUUCCUAUCAAACCUCAUUAUCAACUUUUUAAAGAAACUCUGUCAAUGGCCCCAUUUGGAAUAUUGCCAAAUAUUUCACAUGAAAGAAAAGAAAGACAGACAUUUUCACCAACAAUUCUUCUCUUUUCCAUCAUUUCUAGGUUCAAUGUGUUGUUGGACAGAUGCUUUGCCACAACCAGUCCCUACCCCGUCAACAGCACUUAUUAUGACCUCUUUGUUGGGUAAGUGAGACAGCCCAGCCGAAACAGUGCGAGCCUACUCCUUUGGGACACGCUGUCAGUCACACAAUGACACAAAGCUCCACUUUCAGGGAAUAAUUAGAUUACUAAGAUAUUCAGAUAUCCUAUAGGACACAACAUUUACAUACACUACCAGUCAAAAGUUUGGACACACCUACUCAUUCAACGGUUUUUCUUUAUUUGUACUAUUUUUUACAUUGCAGAAUAAUAGUGAAGACAUCAAAACUAUGAAAAAAUACAUGGAAUGAUGUAGUAACCAAAAAAGUGUUAAACAAAUCAAAAUAUAUUUUAUAUUUGAGAUUCUUCAAAUAGCCACCCUUUGCCUUGAUGACAGCUUUGCACACUCUUGGCAUUCUCUCAACCAGCUUCAUGAGGUAGUCACCUGGAAUGCAUUUCAAUUAACAGGUGUGCCUUCAUAAAAGUUAAUUUGUGGAAUUUCUUUCCUUCUUAAUGCUUUUGAGCCAAUCAGUUGUGUUGUGACAAGGUAAGGGGGGUAUCCAGAAGAUAGCCCUAUUUGGUAAAAGACCAAGUCCAUAUUAUGGCAAGAACAGCUCAAAUAAGCAAAGAGAAACAAUAGUCCAUCAUUACUUUAAGACAUGAAGGUCAGUCAAUACAGAAAAUGUCAAGAACUUAAAAAAUGUCUUCAAGUGCAGUUGCAAAAACCAUCAAGCGCUAUGAUGAAACGGGCUCUCAAGAGGACCGCCACAGGAAUGGAAGACCCAGAUUUAGCUCUGCUGCAGAGGAUAAGUUCAUUAGAGUUACCAGCCUCAGAAAUUGCAGCCCAAAUAAAUGAUUCACAGACACAUCUCAACAUCAACUGUUCAGAGGGGACUGUGUGAAUCAGGCUUUCAUGGUCGAAUUGCUGCAAAGAAACCACUACUAAAGGACACCAAUAAGAAGAAGAGACCUGCUUGGGCUAAGAAACACGAGCAAUGGACAUAAGACCGGUGGAAAUAUGUCCUUUGGUCUGGAGUCCAAAUUUGAUAUUUUUGGUUCCAACCGCCGUGUCUUUGUGAGACGCAGAGUAGGUGAACGUAUGAUCUCCGCAUGUGUAGUUCCCACCAUAAAGCAUGGAGGACACUGUCUGUGAUUUAUUUAGAAUUCAAGGCACACUUAACCAGCAUGGCUACCACAGUAUUCUGCAGCGAUACGCCAUCCCAUCUGGUUUGGGCUUAGUGGGACUAUCAUUUGUUUUUCAACAGGACAAUGACCCAACACACCUCCAGGCUGUGUAAGGGCUAUUUUACCAAGAAGGAGAGUGAUGGAGUUCUACAUCAGAUGACCUGGCCUCCACAAUCCCCCGACCUCAACCCAAUUGAGAUGUUUUGGGAUGAGUCAGACAGCGGAGUGAAGGAAAAGCAGCCAACAAGUGCUCAGCAUAUGUGGGAACUCCUUCAAGACUGUUGGAAAAGCAUUCCAGGUGAAGCUGGUUGAGAGAAUGCCAAGAGUAUGCAAAGCUGUCAUCAAGGCAAAGGGUGGCUAUUUGAAAAAUAUCAAAUGUAUUUUGAUUUGUUUAACACUUUAUUGGUUACUACAUGAUUCCAUAUGUGUUAUUUCAUAGUUUUGACAUCUUCACUAUUAUUUUACAAUGUAAAGAAAAAACAUUGAAUGAGUUGGUGUGUCCAAACUUUUGACUGGUACUGUACAUGUAUGUACAUAUACAUACAGUAGAUGGGGAAAAGACUAGAAACUCAGUUGCAGCUACAUUCUUGCUAUUUAUUAAUUAUCAAGUUAUCAAGAUCACCUAGUUUUUUCCUUGACAGGUGUAACCGGGAUGGCCAGACGGUGAUGGGGGUGAAUGGGCAACAGCAGGAAGCACGUUUCUCGUUCGAGGCCUUCCGCUUUGUCCAGCACAAGAACAGGACGCUGUCCACUUUCUACCUGCACUGCUCUACCAGACUCUGUGAGAGGUCCGUCUGCACCUCCCUGCACCAGGUCUGUCGCUGCUCCUGUGCGGACGUUGUAGCCACAUUCCAGCCCAUCUGCAAAGCAGUUGUGCUGCACCAAUUAACCAACAAUUGAAUGCCACGUCAUUGCAGUCGGGCGUUAGAUUGCAUGAUCAGAUGUGGCUACUGGCACAUUAAACACCUAUCCAGGCGUUGUGAGAUUUGGGGCACUAUGUACAGACAUUUUUGGGGGGCAGGAGCUUAAACAAAAAAUCACGGUCACAUACUCAUUGAGCGAUUGUGACUUUGAUUAUUUAGUUCCAUAAAAUAAAUGGCCACAUCUUAAUGGCUAAUUAAAUGACACAUAUUUAACGCAAAUUUAAAGACGACUUGCGGGCAGUGGGUUCAGAACAACAAUGACAAAAACUGUAUACCAAAACAUUUUUUUUAAACCCAAAACAAAAGGCUACUUUAGAGACUGGAAGGGCAAAGGUGCAUGUGCUCUGGACAGGUAGAGCCCUAUCUGUGCACAUGCCUGACUAUGUAGGCGGCCUGGAACAUGGCCCGCCAUCUCUCUCUGUAGCCACGUUUAUACCUGGUUCUGAUAUGCAACCUUUAUCCUGAUCUGGUACACAUUCUGAUUGUGCCCACAUUUCUAGACAGGUGAAGACGAUUAAAAUACGCAUUGUGAUCUGAUUGUGAUCAGAUCUUAUAAGUGUAAACAGACAAGAUUAGGUCAAGAUCAGGACAAGAUGAGGACGAAAAAUGCAUGUUAGGGGCAGGUAUAAACGGGACUUAGGGGAUGUGCAUACAAAUACCUUCAUACCAAUGAGUGGACCACCACAAGACAAACAAUGGAGCAACAUACAGUAGAUGAUGCUUGCAAUGACCUAUGACCUUGUGUAAGAAAGCUGUUCCAACCACCCCUCUUCUCCCUUUUCUCCUCAGAACUGCACGGACAUCAUCAGCUCAAGGAGGAAGCGGGAGGUCCAGGACACGUCUGUGACCGACACAGCCACGGUCAGCUCCGGCCCCAUCCGCACCCAAGUGGACAACAGUGAGCAACAACCAUUGACCGUUUAUGACCAUCAUUCACAUCAGCAUUCCUCUGUGCUUUAACAUUCAAUGACCCAUCAGCAAUAAUGACUAAAAUGAUUAAAAGAUAUUGAAGGCACAGCAACACUUUACUGAUUACAUUUGCACGUUCAUAUAACAGUAAUGCCGUUUUGGUUGAGGGGGUUUUCAUGUUAUGAACGCAGAACUUCCUUUUAUUUCUUAUGCAGGUGAUACUGUCGGAAUUGUAUCUGAAGGUAUGCAUCUACUUUUCAUCACAACGAUUGAUAUAUCUACAUGAAAUGCACAUACUCUAUUAUACAUAUAGACACGGCAGCCAUUUCCCUAUAUUAAGUACUUCAUAUUUGAAUUUCAAAGGAUAUAUCAUAUUACAAAAGUUUUGUCUAGAAACAGUCUUUGUGAAGUAUUUUCUCUGAACCUGUGUCCUCUUUGCAGUUGCCGAGCAGUUGGGUGGAAAACACAGAUCCUUGCAGGGUGUUGCCAUAGCAGCAGGGAUCUUUGGUGCUCUCUCUAUCUCCAUGGUAGCCUUUAUUGCGUACUGGAUCGUUGUGCCAAGGACCAUUGGGGCCAUGGAGAAGAGAAUGCUCUACCCUACACAAGAGUGAGUUUUUAGGGGAAGGCUUUGCCAUGAUACUCUUAAGGUGGUUUCCUCUCCCAUGUCCUCGUUCUAAUGCUCACUGACCUAAAGGAGUAGGUGGCUCAGUGCAAUUUGGAAAUAACUUAAUUACUAGUUGACCAUAUUGCGUUCAUCCACCCAGUAAUUCAAGGAAAUAGCACAUGGGAAAGGAUUUCACUUUUAGUGUUGUAACAAUGGCUGGUCUAAACAUGUCUACUAGCCAGUGAAGAGGAAGUAAUGUUCUGAAAGUCCAAAGAUGACUGGCAAAUAUCAGGCAGAAAUAAAAUCACUUAUCCAUAUGAAUAUAUCUG